AUGACAGCUUUUGAGGUAGCUUACUUUGUUCUUGAGCCACCUGUAGAAUGCUGCCCUUUUGAAGCUGGUAUGGAUGCACUGCUUCAUGCACCUCUCCGAACUCCUCUGCAACAAUUAGAGCUCUGCAAAACUAUUGAUACUGUCAGUGAACAUCAAAUCUUCCCCAUCUCUGGGCUUGAAGUGCGAAGGGAAAGUGACGAAACUACCCCAACUUCUGAACUUCAAAAAAAAAUUGACUUCAAAUCUUUCUUGGCUGGGCUUGAUUUUGGAAAGCCUGCAUAUAGAAAUUCAAGUAAUGACAGAGAAGAGAAAGUUUCCAAUAUGUUCUUUAGUUCUGUGGAACAAAAUGUAGCUCCUGAACAUCAAAAGACAAUUAAUUUUAAGUCAUUCUUAAAUAGCAUAAAACCCACUGAGGCAGAUGAAAAUAAGAUGAUAUUCAUGCCCUCCAUUUAUAAGGAACAAAAAUUUAAACAGGCAGACAUGGGUGUAACUUCAAAUUGUGAAACAAAUAACUCAGUGUUGCAAAACCACACUACCAACAGCUUAGAUGCAAAUAAAACUAUAUUGUUUCUAGAACAUGAUAAUGAUAUGGAGAUCACCAAAAGCCAUACUAUUUCUAUUAACCAUCUUGUCAUGGAAAAAUGUGAUGGAUUUCAUUCAGUAAAGGAAUCUAAUAACUCAGCAAAACUAGGAAAUAAAGGAACACUUGAUUCUUCCCUUCCUCAACAUAAGGCUGUUGUGCUUUCUGGAGCAGAUCAUAUUGCUGUGACAGGAAGUGUUACUGUACCCGUUAAUGUGAAGACAGAUCACCAAACAAAUCAAGAUCAGCCAACAGUUGCCACAGAUAACAUAAAUGAGAGAUCAAUGUUGCCGUCAUAUAUCCAUGAUGAACUUACAGUCACUGGUUAUGAAUCUUCUAAAAGAAUUGAGAAGAGUAAGGCACAGGAUACAACAAAAUUGACAUCUAGGUCUUUGAGUAUUCAUCAGGAGAAUCUGACAGAAACUCAGAUGUUUUCCAAUGAAAACGACAUGGAUAUAACCAAAAGCCACACAGUUUCAAUUGACAGUGGAAUGUUUGGGCAAGUGUCUAAUUGCAAAGUUGGGUCAAAUGCGCCCUUUGCCAGUGAUAGAACUGUGGUGUUUUCAGAAGUAAAUGAUAUGGAUAUCACACAGAGUCAUACAGUUGCAAUUGAAAGUGAUGAUCCACGACAAAUUUCAAACAAAGUGUUGCAGUCAACAAGGAAGAGUUUCAGUUUGUUUGCUCCUGGAUCGAAAAUGGCAUUGUUACCCAGUGAAAAUAACGUUAAUUUUUCAGAGGCAAAUGACAUGGAUAUAACCAAAAGCCACACAGUUACAAUUGACAGUGGAAGCGCUGGGAGAAUGCCAGAUUGCACAGUUGGGUCAAAUGCACCCUUUGCUAGUGAUAGAACUGUGGUGUUUUCAGAAGCAAAUGAUAUGGACUUCACACAGAGUCAUACAGUUGCAAUUGAAAGUGAUAAUCUAGGACCAAUUUCAAACAAAGUAUUACAGUCAACAAGGAAGAGUUCCAGAUUGAGUACUCUUGGAUCCAUCGUGGCAUCGUUACCCAAUGAAAAAACUGUAGUAUUUUCAGAGGCAAAUGAAAUGGAUAUAACCAAAAGCCACACAGUUACAAUUGACAGUGGAAGCGCUGGGAGAAUGCCAGAUUGCACAGUUGGGUCAAAUGCACCCUUUGCUAGUGAUAGAACUAUGGUGUUUUCAGAAGCAAAUGAUAUGGAUAUCACACAGAGUCAUACAGUUGCAAUUGAAAGUGAUGAUCUAGGACCAAUUUCAAACAAAGCAGUACAGUCAACAAGGAAGAGUUCCAGAUUGAGUACUCUUGGAUCCAUCGUGGCAUUGUUACCCAAUGAAAAAACUGUAGUAUUUUCAGAGGCAAAUGAUAUGGAUAUAACCAAAAGCCACACAGUUACAAUUGACAGUGGAAGCGCUGGGAGAAUGCCAGAUUGCACAGUUGGGUCAAAUGCACCCUUUGCUAGUGAUAGAACUGUGGUGUUUUCAGAAGCAAAUGAUAUGGAUAUCACACAGAGUCAUACAGUUGCAAUUGAAAGUGAUAAUCUAGGACCAAUUUCAAACAAAGCAGUACAGUCAACAAGGAAGAGUUCCAGAUUGAGUACUCUUGGAUCCAUCGUGGCAUCGUUACCCAAUGAAAAAACUGUAGUAUUUUCAGAGGCAAAUGAAAUGGAUAUAACCAAAAGCCACCCAGUUACAAUUGAUAGUGGGAGCGUUGGGAGAGUGCCUGAUUGGACAGUUGGGUCAAGUGCAUCCUUGUGUAGAGAUAGGUCUGUUGUGUUUUCAGAAGCAAAUGUAAUGGAAAUUACAAAAAGUCAUAUAGUUGCAACUGAGAAUGGAAGUUUUAAAAUGAAUGGCAAUCAAACUUUUGGCUACCAGAAAAUGAGCUCCAGUCUCAGUAAUACUCUGGCAUGUCUUCCCAAUUCCAAAUCUAGUAUAUUUUUACAGUUGAAUGAUAAGGAUAUAUCUCCAAGUCCUGUAGCUGUGGUGGACAGUAUGAAUUUUGAGGCAAUUAUAAAUUGUGCUGUUAGUUCCAGUUCAUCCUUUCCUGGUGGUAACACUGUGGUAGUCUCAGAACCAAAUGAUAUGGAUAUGACCAGAAGUCAUACAGUUGCAAUUGAAGGCGGAUGUCUUGGUUCAGCUAUAAAAUUAGAAACAUGCUCAGCUAGUUUUUUUCCUAGUGAUAGGACCACAAUAUUUUCUGAAGCAAAUGAUAUGGACAUGACCAAAAGCUAUACAACCAAUAUUGAUAGUGAAAACUGUGAGACAAUUUCAAAUGGAGCACUUUGUUCUGCAAAUAUAACCUCUGAUUUGAAUGCUGUGGGGUCUGUCCUAUCAUCAUGUUACAGUACAAAUACCAUGGUUUCUGAACAAGCAGCAGCUGUUAAAGAAAAAGACAUCAUGCUUAUUCAUGGGAAGCAUGAUGAAUCUGGUAAACACAAAGUUACCCAGUUAAAGCUUGUUACAGAACAACAACAGUUUAGUCGUCAAGUGGAUCAUGCUAGCAGUAGCACUCAAAGAAAUUUGGAAGCUAAUUCAAAGUGCAUAACUGGAGCUCAGGAAAAAAGGAAUCUGAAAGGAGUCGAACUCUGCAUAGAGAGUUCUUCUGAUGUUACUCCAACACACAAAAGUGACCUUGAAGUCCAAAAGAGAGCAAUAAUUGAUCAGACCAGGGAGGCAGAUUCUGAAGCAUUUGUUCAGUCUCAGGUUACUGAAGGUACUGCUCAAGGGACAAGAACUGAAUCUGUAAGUACAACAAAUAAUGAUUUGGAAUGUAAUGCAUCUAUAAAGUCAAAUAUAUCUAAUGUGUCAUCUCUUCAGAAAAUGAAUUCCAUGCCCGAUGUAACUCCUGACCCUCCAUUAGAAAAGCCUCCAAUGGAUGGCAACAACCCUGGUGAUUGUCAAACAUUUGAUGCAAAGGCUUGCUUACCAAAACAAAGCUCAUUUGUUAAGGACACACUUGCAUCUCAAAUCUCUUUUAGUGCCUUCCUUCCUAAAUUGCCUAGCAGAAGAAAUCUAUGUAGAACUGUGCAUUCAAGUCAUCAGAAUGUAGUAAAACCAUCAGUAGAAUAUCACUGCUCUGAUUCACUUCUAAAUACAACAGCCAAAUCAAAAGGUCUUGAAAGCUCAAAAAUAUUUGAACCUUCUGGAAACUCCCAGGAACAGUUGGAUAGACAGCAUAAAAUGCAGGUGAAUGAUGGUGAUGAAGCAGAAAGCAGAAUGUUGGAUUUUGUGAACCCCUCUCUCUGUUCGAAAUCCAGUGAAGGGUGCUCUCUCCACGAACAGCAGUAUGGAGAAACUUUUUCUGCUCUUGAACAAGGUAUCAAUGCAACAGACCAGGUUCUUUCAUGCUCAAAAAUUUCAACAGUGGAACAAAGGCCGUGCCAGAAACGAGUUUGGAGUGAAGAAGAAAAUGGAAAUGCAUACAACAAAAGAAAAACAUUGGAAUGCAAGGGCACUGAUGCUUCUAGAAAAGAGGUCAAAAUUACACCUGUUGUGCCGUGGGAAGGAGUAGGGCAUGAAACAGUGGAAGAGAACUUGCUGAGUCUGAUGACAAAGAGCCUGGAUAACAACAGUUCCUUGGAUUCAACCAAAGGUGAUGGUACUUCUGCUGAUACAAUCACUCCAAAAUGCAACUUAAAUGCAUCCCUUGUGAUCUUGGAGGAGUCUGAGUUGCAUAAGAAAUUGAUGGAUGGUGAGAUCACAGUCCGGGAAUUCUUCAAAUUCUUGAAAGUUCAAACACGUCCACAGAAAUCUCGCCAGAGUGAACUGCAAGUCAAUCCUGAAUUGGACAGAUCGUCAGGACUGGAAAAUGGGCUGGCUGUGAAGUUUAUUCACCGACCAAAACGGGAAGUCUAUGAAGACAAUAGUUCUGCACUCUCUGCGGCCAUAAAUGACCUGAAGGAUCAGUUGUUAGAUCUUGACAAGCUCUUGUCAGAAGUGAACUUUCCACUUUUGAAAGAGGUGAUGCAAAUGACAAAAGAAGAGUUGCAACAGUUUCGUUCUUGCUUGAAUACCAAGAAAAGCACUUAUGUGAAGAGGACUAAAGUAAUCUGCCAUGAACAAAAGGUUCAACUGUACUUGACCCAGUUGAAUGCAUUGAAGGCACAACAUCAGCAGAGAAAGGAAUAUGAAGAUUCCUUGAAUGAUAUACUAAACAAAAUGGAUGACUGCCUUGCGUCAUUAGAUCUCGCAAAUUUGGAUCAUCUAGGAGAGUGUAACAUGGAUGUCUCUGACAGUUGUGAGGGCCUGAUGCAGCUGAAGCAGAUUGUGUAUAACAAAAACGAGGAUCUGAAAAAUCUUCAGGGAGAAUGCCGUAAGAUGGAAAGUCAACUUGCUAAAGUACUUGAUGAAAAAUUGAUGCAAGAAAAGGCUGUUAAUAUGUUGGAACUUAAUGAAGAAUUUCAAGAACUUUUAGAAUGGACAUUAGUGCCUUGCCAAGAUGACCAAGCUGUUUACAGAUUCCUGUAUGACUCCUUGGAGUUGACUUUGCAGUAUGGGGAGCCUGAAUGUGCUGAACUUUCCCCUGGUGAGAAGUACAGGAAAAUUAUUGACAUAAAGCUAGUCUCUGAGUUGGAUGAGAAAGAAUCACCUGCACACUCGAAGCUUGUUCAUGAGCUGGUUAUGAUGUGUUGGAAGAAUCGAGAAAGUUGGCAUAGUAAACACUCAAAUGAAUCUCAGGUCCCCAUGCUCUUACUUGAUCUCUCGCUUGUGGUGAGUCGAUGUCGAUUACUUGGUGAUGAACUGGAAUAUUUGUUGAACUGGGGAUCAAAAUUUGAUAUCUUGAAACUGGAGAUUCAACACACAGAUGUGAAGUUCCUUGUUUCAAGCUAUGAAGCAUUAUCGAAGUUUGAAGUUGCAUUUCAUGUUACGCCAGGUUAUCCAUGGCUUCCUUUGCAAUUCACAUUUAAUUCUUGGUUUGGAAAUAUAAGUGCUGAACAUAUUAAGGAAGUCCUGAUGACUGUAAAACCUGGACACAAGUACCUAAUCAGGAUCAUGAAGAGUCUCUUCCUGACACUGCUCAUCAGACCAGGAGCUAACAGGUUCCAGUUACAGCCUGCCUCUCCCUGAGCAGGAAAAGUUGAUGUAUAUUCACCAUUGUACCCAAAUCAUCCCCAUUUAUACUACUGGGCCUUUUAAUGAGCAUGAUAUGGUAUAGCAACCAAGGAUUAUACUAUAAGAUGAUGCUGUGAGUUGGCAUCCAAUCCUUGAAAGUCAAGGAAUGAGGAAGAAUACAACUCAGACUGAAGCAAUGAAAGUAUCUCCUUGUCAGUGUAAAUAGGUAACAGAUCAUUCCUGAUGUUCACAGGACUACAGAACAACCUGCCUUAAAUAUUGGCUGUUCUAUUCUGGAAGUUUAUUGUUUCAGUAAUAUUGAAACUGAGUUUCAUCUAGACCACAGAUUAAGGAUGGUUGUGGUAUUAUUCAUCACAAAUUUUGCUCACAAUAUAUGGGUUGCUCAUUGUAGUUCAGUGUACAAUGAGACUUGGACUGUGGACCGAAGAACUUGAUGGGUGAUACUUCCUCUGUUUUGAAGUAGUGCAAAAUAUACAGUAACUGUACAAGUGUGUAAAAUGUUUUAAUUUUUAUUCUGAAAUUAAAUUUAUAUUUUCAAUUGA